AUGGGGCCGUUUGAGGUGACUUCCAGAGUAAAUGGAUACCUGUCAGAGGCCUGGCAGGAGGUGUCUGCCCGCUGCUGUAUUGUGAUUAACAGAGAGCUGCUGUUUUUCCACUUAGGCACGAUUACACAAGGCAGUUGCCCCGAUGGAGACGAGCCUCGAUCAGACAGAUUGAUGGAUGAGGAUAACCUGAGAGACACCACACGUGUGGCUGUCACCCGUUCCCAGGACGUCCCCUCCUUUGGCCCACCAAUCCCCAAGGGCGUGACCUUUCCCAAGUCCACUGUCUUCAGGGACUUCCUGUUGAGCAAAGUCAUCAACGCCGAGAACGCAGCCCACAAGUCCGAUAAGUUUGGUGCCAUGGCAACACGCACACGGCAGGAGUAUUUGCGGGACUUGGCAGAGCGUCAUGUGACCAGUACUCCAGUAGAACCCACUGGGAAGUUCCCCUUCAUCUCUCUGGCGCACAAACGACGAGAGAAGGUGCGUCCGUACAGCGGGGCGGAGCUUCGGAGCCUGGGGGCUGUGACGUGGCAGGUUCACGCUGAAGAUCAGGUAGCUGGCGCUGAACGUGAAUGCCUGUUGGCCAUUUCAAAUGACUUCAUCAUCCUGUUGGAUCAGGAGGCCAAAGCGGUCGUGUUUAACUGCGCCACGCGUGACGUGAUUGGUUGGUCGACGGGGAGCCCCGCCUCCAUGAAGAUCUACUACGAGCGUGGUGAGAGUGUGUCACUGCGCUCCAUCAAUAACAACACAGAAGACUUUGGAGAGGUUGUCAAGAGACUGGAGCUGUUGACCAAGGGCAGUCAGACCACAGAGAUGACCCUGCGCCGUAACGCCCUGGGCCAGCUGGGCUUUCAUGUCAACUUUGAGGGCAUCGUUGCAGAGGUGGAGCCAUAUGGCUAUGCUUGGCAGGCUGGGCUCAGGCAGGGCAGCCGAUUGGUGGAGAUUUGCAAGGUGUCGGUGGCCUCGCUGUCCCAUGAGCAGAUGAUCGACCUGCUCAGAACCUCUGUUACUGUCAAGGUGGUUAUCAUCCCCCCACAUGAGGACUCCACACCACGCAGAGGCUGCUCGGAAAUCUACCACAUGCCACUGGUGGAUUACAAGAACCACAAAGAGGGCAUGCCCUACGAGUUAAAGUUCCCGUUCCGCCCCACCAAUAACAACAACACCAAGUGGCCACGCACCUCCUCCAGCCCUCAAACACGCGCUGCUGGCACAGCCGGGACGCUGAUCAAGGCCCAGCCUUCAGACUUCAGUGACCGUAACUCUGCUGCUAUUCCCCGAAGUGUUUCCAGCGACGGGCGACCCAUCAACCCCAAAAGGUAUUCACCAGGGAACGACAACUACGCUCUUGCCUGCUCCAUUGUGAUGGGCCGCACAAUGCACAACACAAACUCCCCCUCCAGCCUGCCCUACACAGACACCAUGAGCUCCAACCAGUGGAGGCAAAAGUCUAUGCCUGAUGGGUUUAAUAACAACAACUGCCAGUCCCCGGUGCAGUCUGUGCGGCAGGUGGCAGGUGACGGGGUCAAUGGGAUUAAAGCGUGCUCCAGUUCGGGUGUUGGAUGGUCCCGACCCGGGGAAGGUGACAAAACUAGUGCAGAGACGGUUUCCAAGGCGGUGAUUCCUCGACUCCAGCCGUCAGAGCAGGGCAGCAGCAUGUCUCCUAACAAAGGCACUAAGGGGGACGCUCCAUAUUCAUCCAGCCAGUCGAGUAGCAACACGCUCUCCAGCAACGCCUCCAGCUCCGCCCACAGCGACGAGAAGUGGUACGAGGUCGGCUCACGUUCAGGAGUGCGGAGCGAUCUGGAGCUCAACGGCUAUCUUCAGGGUGCUUCCACUGACAGUGGCAUAGAUGCCACCUCCUUCACCGCCACACAAAGCAGCACAGCUUCCUCCACCGGUGCCUUCAGGGCCAAAGACAAAAUCCCAUGGCAGGAUGACUCGGCGGGCAGCCAGAGAGCCUCGGACUCCUCACCGCCGACACCAGACUCUCUCGUCGCCAUUGGAGGCAGCGAGAUCCCAGCCAAGAGUCCAACAGCCUUUCCACUAGUACCUGAUAGCGGCUCGUACAGCCUGAGUGACGCCGCCUCCCACUCCAGCACACUCAGUUCUGGCCACUCAGGGAGUCCGAUGGGCCAGGGGCAAGACGAGGCAUCUGCUGCGGCCACCUCACCCACAUCACCGGGGACCAAGAGCUUCUACCCGCGUCAAGGAGCGACUUCAAAGUACCUGAUUGGCUGGAGGAAACCCGGGGGGACCGUCAACUCUGUGGACUUUGGCAGUACUCGCAAAAGGCAUCAGAGUGACGGUCUGCUGGGAGGUCAGCCGCAGCUCAGGGCCAAUCUCCGGGGCUCCCAGUCGCCCCAGCGGCACACUGCCAAGUCCAGCCUGGAAGAAGACUUGAAGAAGCUCAUCACACUCGACAGCCCUCCACCCACUACAAGUGAAGAGAAGCCAUUAUUCCCGGGUCCGCUGCCCACUCGUCGAUCCCUCCAGAGAACCCUGUCGGAUGAGAGUAUUUACAGUGGGCAGAGGGAGCCGUCCUCCGGUGGACAGCGCGACACGCCUACUGACCUGCUGUUCAGCUGCUCUACAAUGCCACGCUCACCCACCAGUCGUCACGGACCAAGCCGACGAGCAUCACACAAAUCCCUGGGAGACCUGUCAGCCCCAGAGAGCUCUGAGCUGGAGCAGGAGAGGAAAAGGCAGCAGCUGCAGGACGCUGUCCUCAUGCCCCUGCCUGACACUGGGGCAGAUGGCCCACUGGACUGGGCCCACCUGGUAGACGCUGCCAAGGCCUUUGAGGAGCAGAGGCUGGUCUUCCUAGCGGCCCAAGAGGAGAGCUCCAUGGCUGAGAGCGCAGCAGCCACCAGCCCCCAGCAGGCUGAGCCUCAGGCAGCCCCGCUGAGACAGCCCUCGCCUGGAGAGACUCCAGCCUGCCUGAUGGGGAAGGUCAGCCAGCUGGAGUCAAUGGUGAAGGCGCUACAAGAGGACUUGAAGAAGGAGAAGGAUGCCAAGGCGUCACUGCAGGCCCAGAUCCAGAGCCUGCGAGAGGACAACCAGCGUCUCCUGGAGGAGUCCUACAGCGCCUCAGCCAAGCUCAAGAAGUUCACAGAGUGGGUCUUCAACACCAUCGACAUGAACUGAAGCACAGAGCUGUAGACCGCUCUACAUUAGGAGUAUGACCACUACUCAAGCUGAUCUGAAACUUGGCUGUUCAGCGCUGCACGCACACAACAGAAUAACUUACACAAACUCACAACGUGGACUGUUUCUCUCGGGCUUUUACAAACCAGUGCCAACAUGGAAUUACAUGUCAUCCGUCUUCAGCCUUGUGGAUCUGUGGUAUAAUCACCAGGAGAGACUUUUUUGGGGAAUGAACAGGGGAACGGGAGAAAAAUAGAGCAGUGGUGCUACCGUGUGUCCGUUUUGAUCCGAUCAGCAUGCACUCCCUUCCUUAGAAUCUCACAAGUGUGAUGCUUCGUGUCCGACCUGAUGGAUUGUGGGUAUCCCUGCAUGUCAGAGACAGCGAGAUAUGGAAAACUAACCUAAAGGGAUUUAAAGUCAUCGUCCUCAUUUAGCUCCCCAGCUAACCUACUUACAAGCGAACAGAUUUCCAAUUAAAAAGCUCCGGCGCUAUUUAAAAUCUGUUCCUCCCAUGCAAAAAAAUAAAGUGACAGUGUGUUGUAAAUGAAUUGCUGUUCCAUUUUCCCCAGUUCAGUGAUAACACUGAUUAUUUUUAUUACUAACCAAGAAAAAAGAAGCUAUAUGAGACUGUUGGGAGAUCCCCCAUAGGAUACUUGUUUGGUAGCAGUGUGUGUAGGUAGAUACAGACAAACACACGGACAGACCUCCAUGUAGCACAUAAACACUGUAAGGUCAAGUCUGUAUUGCCUAUGUAAUAACACAUGUAUCAAAUAACUUUAGAGGGUUAAAAGCAAGUGCGACUUGUAUAGAGGACUACUGGUCACAAGCUGAUAUAAAAAGAGUAUAUACUAUAAAAUCACAGAACAAUAUGGGUGCCGUAAAGAUAUAGAUUGACGGUUCAGUGUCGCUUAUUCAGAUUAUUGUAAAUAUACGAUGUUAACAUUUAUUUUCUCACCUCUGCCCUUGGUAUAUGUAAAGAGUAUUUAUGACAAAGAUAAUGGCCAAGAAAAUAAAUAUGCAGUUAGAGAUCUGCAUGUACUUCUAUAUGAGAGAAAAAUAUAUAAAUAUGCUUUAAAUCUUGACAGAGUUUUCAACGGGAGAACUUUUAUCCAAAAAGCUAAGUCUUUAAAAUUUAUUUCCAGCCUAGCCUGCUGCAGUGGAUUGAUCGACAGCACCACCCAGUGUUGACAACAUGUAAAACGCUACAUGGAACCGACCCCCUCCUUCUUCCAUUGCAUGCCAAAAGGCCUCAAUCUGAUCCUUAAAUCUCUCCAUAGACUCAAUCGGUACUAUUAAAUAUAUGAGUGAGAUGUGAAAACCCUGAAACUCCAGCUACAGACUUCCUGUAGUGUGUAAAUCUGCCUGUAAGCUCGACCUGAAUUCGUUCUGUAGCUGACCACACGGAGUCCUUAUUUAAGCCUCACACCUGUUUCCUUUUGUACUCAGAUACUGUGCAACUGUAUAUACGGAGAAUUUGAUAUUAAUCAGAAUUUGCACCUUCAUUCUUAUUUUUUAAGAUUAUGUUUUUUUGAUGUAUUUCUGCUUUAUUGGCUUGGUUAUAGUGGAGAGUGAAAGGAGUAAUGUGAAAGAUAAAGAGGGGAGACAUUAGACAGGACAAAGACCACAAGAGUGACUCAGACGAUUGAGUCCCAAACGACCCCCCGCCCCACCCCCAGCACAGCAGAUCGCCCCUGCACCUUCAUUCUUAACAUGUGUGACAGCAUGUGAUUCUGUUUCCAUUGAGCUGUGAUGUGUAAAAAAAAAAGUUUAUAUCUAUUAAAGAUAUUUUGUUGAAUUACA